AUGGGUCGUGGAAAAACGGUCUAUGAAUGCAUCAAAAAGGAACGAGAACGUAAAAUCUCUUUCAUGCAAAGAAAAGAUGGAAUCAUGAAGAAAAUUGCAACAUUUUCAAAGUUAUGUAAAGUUGAAGCUUGUCUAAUUAUUUAUGAAGAUAAUUCUUCUCAACCAAUGAUUUGGCCACAAGAACAUUCAAAGGUGCAAUCCAUAAUUGAAAAAUACGAGGUUCAAAAGAACAAUGAGACACACCCCAUAAUCUUUGAUGAAGAAGAAUUUUUUAAGAACAAGAAGAUCAUGAUUGAAGCUGAAAUUUCUAAAUUGAGAAAGAAGGUACUCAAAUUCAAGUAUCCUACCAUGGAUCCAAUCUUUACUACCUUAGAUGGGAACCAAUUGAUGGAGUUCAUUGCUUUGGUAAACACUAAAAUUGAAGCUUGCAAAAAAAGAAUUGACAUGUUGAAGGAGAGUAAUCAAGAUAAUGGUAGCAACUUCAAUGUUGACCAAAAUCAAAGUCAACUCAAUUUCAUGAACAACAUUCCUAAUCAUGAUUAUGCUCUUCAUCAUGAUAAUUUGGUAUAUCAAACUCAAAACCCUAAGUUUGAUCCAAAUGUUACUUAUUUUGUGGCAAACAACAAUGGAAUGAUCAUGGAUUCUAUUAGCCAAGUUAAUGUGUCUCUAGAUUGUUCUACUACAAAUCAAGUUGCGGUUAUGGAUUCUAAAGAAAAGAGUGUUAUUGUGGAUUCUACAAAUCAAAUCAGUGAAAAUGGUGGUCUUAUUAAUUGGAAUGAUUUUGUUGAGGUUGAGAAUUGGAUUGAUCAACUUCAAUAUGAGACUGAUUUAAAAGACAUUCUUUCUCAUCAAUCUCAGAAUGUGUCACAAUCUUCACAAAUCUUGCCACCAAUAACAAUGAAUGGAUUUUUGGCUGAUGAGAAGAACAAUAACCACCAAUUCCAGUCAUUCAACAGGUAA